AUGAGUUUAAAACGUUAUAUUAUUAUUGUAGAAGCCGCUCGUGGGUCACUUAUUUGGUUAUUCGAAUCAAAUCGUAAACGUUUUGCAACUUUCGUGACAAGCAAUAAUAAACAAAAGCAAAAAAAGCCGUACUUAUAUGCAACGGAAACUUUACAUUCUUCAAAUAAACGAUUUGGUCUUGAAUUUUUUGAUCAGCUUUUAAAAAUAUUUAUAGAUAAAUUAUUCAGAUUGAAAGAUAUUCGGAGUUAUAAUGAUACAAAUCGGACAAGAUCAACAUUCGCUGAAGAAUCUAGUCUCACUUUUACUGUCAUGUAUCAAUUCAUGUCUAAAUAUCUUGACUCUAUAUCGUUUCAGGGUGAAGUUGAUGUUUUUGAGGGCUUGCUUUUAUAUUGUGAGAUCGUGUUACUUUGGAUGAAAUUAUGGAAUUUUUCAUCAAAUAUUGAAGAUUCAAAUUCUAUAGAUCGUCUUCGUCCUCUUCCAUUAAUUGAAAAUUGGGAAUUACGUGAUUUUAAAAGUCGUCGUAGAGUAAGGAUUAUGGAAUUGGGUCAUCUGUUAACUAAG